CCACGCUUUGCGACAACACACGCGAUAGCGGAUACGCAGUCAAGAUGAGAAUAGAGACCUGCUAUUUCUGCUCUGCUCCCGUCUAUCCUUCCAAAGGAAUAACCUUCGUCCGCAAUGACGCCAGAGCCUUCCGCUUCUGCAAGUCAAAAUGUCACAAGAACUUCAAAAUGAAGAGAAAUCCCCGGAAGCUAGCCUGGACGAAAUCGUUCCGCCGAGCCCACGGCAAAGAGCUCACCGUCGACUCGACCUUGCAGUUCGCCGCCCGCCGGAACGUCCCCACGAGAUAUAACCGCGAGCUCAUCCAGACCACGCUCAAGGCCAUGUCGCGCGUCUCAGAGAUCAGAGCCCGCCGCGAGAGGGCCUUCUACAGGGCUAGAAUGCGGGGCAACAAGGAACGACAGCGUGCUGAGGACAGGAAACUUGUCGAGGAGAAUCAGCAUCUACUGCCCCCGAGCGAACGUUCGGAGGUGCAGAAGGAGGAAGAGGACAUGGAGGUCGAUGUGGAGAAGGUCAAGGAGAAGGUGGCGAGGAGACGGAAGGAGAUUGAGAUGGAGGAGGAGGAGCUCGACAGCGAGGUCGAGGAGCUACCCAAGAUCAAGAGCAAGAGGAAGCUGAAGAUGAAGGUUGGCGGCGGCGUCGAGGAGAUGGAGGUCGACGAGUAACGGCUUCAAAAAAGUUGAAUUGGCUGGGCAUAGAUCUCACUGGCGUUGGGCGUAUGAGGCUCAACGGUACGACAGUCACGAAUGCGAUACCAAUUGGGAUACCUUCUCAUUCGCUGUAGGUUUCUACAUCGACUCCCUUCGUUAAUUUUGUUCUUCAGCCUCUAGAAGGGUGUGCGUUCAGCUUUCCCCUUUUACCCCCAAUACGAGUGUAAUCAAUAUCCAGCGAUUGUUGAUGGCAUGAGGGCGAGAUUGAUGCAUGUUGAGAAGGCCCGACUAUU